UGAGAGACCCACGAUCAGGGGGAAAGGGUCAGAGAGGCACUUCGACAGGCAGCAGCUGCACGUUUCUCCAGUCUCCAACUUUGGCUUUAGCCUCCAUUUUUAACACUUGACUCACUAGCUUGUCUUGUUUCCUGUGGAUGAUUUUGGUUGACAACUGUGUAUCGUCAUUACUACGGAACGUGUUUUGUUUUUCCUUCCGGAUUCUAGAAGUAACGGGCAGCGGAGAACCUGAGCUAGCGGCAGCAGCUAUAACGAGGCUAUAGCAGGCUAGCUAACGUUAGCUAGCAACCUGGCUAGCUGCACACGAGCUGAGCAUUGCUCGGUGGUGGGUUUGGGGAGGCGGCUUGCCUACUGUCUCGUUUGAUGGAUCCGAGAAUCGCCUGGUUUCAACCAGAACAACGAGGACCAGCUAACAACCUGUGGAUGCAGAUUUGGGAGACGACACAAGGGCUCGGGUACUUGCAUGUAAAUAACAGCUACACCGCCGGAUCUCAGAGCACGUCGAGCCGCCUGAAGGCGAUCGUCAACGGGGCGUCGGGUGCCGUUCUCGCCGGCAGAAACGGGGCACUUCUUGACUCAAACACCGGCAGCAGUGAAGCCAGGACUCAGGGGAUGUCGACCUCAAUGGCGAACGGAGAAAUAAUGGCACAGCGGGACUUUAUACCACUGGAAACCAAUAGCAACCACAACAACCGAGCCGGUGGCAGGGGCGGUGUCAGUGGAGGGGGGCAGCAGGGCACCGGGGUCGCUGUGCUGUGGAGAGGGCUGACGGACGGACACCCCAACAAAAGGAAAAGAGACAACAAAGCUAGCACUUUCGGAUUCAAUUCCAGCCUCUUGAACAGCGGCUCCAACACAGGAGGCUAUGAUGGGUACGCUGGCACGCCAUGGAAAGUGAGGAACUACUCAGAAGGAAUUAUAGGGUUACACGAGGAGGUCAGUGACUUCUAUAAGUACAUCUCUCCGCGGCCGGAGGAGGAGAAGAUGAGACUGGAGGUGGUGGACAGAAUCAAGGGAGUCAUCCACGACCUGUGGCCCAGUGCCGAGGUCCAAGUGUUUGGGAGUUUCAGCACUGGUCUUUAUCUGCCAACAAGUGACAUUGACUUGGUAGUUUUUGGGAAGUGGGAGACCCUCCCACUCUGGACGCUGGAAGAGGCUCUCCGGAAGAGGAAAGUCGCAGAUGAGAACUCCAUCAAGGUUUUGGACAAGGCAACGGUUCCCAUCAUCAAACUGACCGACUCCUUCACCGAGGUCAAAGUGGACAUCAGCUUCAACGUGAAGAGCGGCGUUAAAGCCGCCUGGCUCAUCAAGGAAUUCAAAGAGAAAUACCCUGUGCUGCCUUACCUGGUGCUGGUGCUGAAGCAGUUCCUCCUGCAGAGGGACCUCAACGAGGUUUUCACCGGAGGGAUCGGCUCCUACAGUCUGUUCCUCAUGGCUGUCAGCUUCCUGCAGCUCCACUACAGGGAGGACGUGUGCAGUCCCAACAUCAACAUCGGUGUUCUGCUCAUCGAAUUCUUCGAGCUCUACGGUCGCCACUUCAACUACCUGAAAACGGGCAUCAGGAUAAAAGAUGGCGGCUGCUAUGUUGCCAAAGACGAGGUUCAGAAGAACAUGAUGGACGGCUACAGGCCCUCCAUGCUCUACAUAGAGGACCCGCUGCAGCCAGAUAACGAUGUUGGCCGCAGUUCAUACGGUGCCAUGCAGGUGAAGCAGGCGUUCGACUACGCCUACGUGGUGCUCAGCCACGCCGUGUCACCCAUCGCCAAGUACUAUCCAAACAACGAGACAGAGAGCAUACUCGGCCGAAUAAUCCGGGUCACACAGGAAGUGGAUGAGUACAGGGAAUGGAUCCGAAAGAACUGGGGGAGCCCGUCUCAGAAUGACCUGCCGAAAAACAAAAACGACGUCACACUGUUUGAGUCCCAGCAGCUCGACGAGUGCAACAACAACGUUCCAGACGAUGAAGACGAUGAUGUUGUUGUAGUUCUACCGUCAAAAACCUCCUCCAACUCCUCCUCGCCAUCCCCCUCGCUGCGCUCCUCUCCCUCCUCCUCUCCACUGUCGCCUUCUUCCACGUCCUCAACCUCCAGCUCCAGCGACGCGGACUCUGAUGGCACGCCGUGUAAAACAGCCAAGCAGCAGCAGCAGUCCGGCCGGGGCUCCAGCGCACACAGAGAAAAGUCUGCUGUCGUCAAUAACAACCGAACACAGAGCAACACUAACAGCACUCCAUCUGGAAGCAACAAGGGAGGAAAGGCCAGGACGCCUCGCUCUCACCAUAAGAGCGCCAACCACGCGCCGCAGAGCUCCUCCUCCAGCACCAAAAGCCAUCAGAGCAACAAGCCACACCACCAGGGCAACAGCAAGAAGAGGAAAAAUGUGCGAGACUCUACACAAGAAGACCUCUGCAGAUAGGGGUGACCUCGCCUGCGCCCCCCCUCCCUGUCCGUGUCUGCAACUGACUGACUGUCCUGUCCCACUUCUGCUGCCAGACUCCAGCCUCGGGAGGUUGUUAGAAGUAUUAAAGCAUCCACAGUAUCUGUCUCUCUGUCGAGCUUUUCGGGGUGACGAGUAACAAUUUCUAGCAGGGAAAAAAAAGAACAAAAAAAAAAAAGAGUUGUCAUGAAAUGAGUUUAAUGUCUUGGACCUGGACGUAAAGGAUCGACGCUCACUCGCUUCCCAAUAGCUUCUGUUAUGGAGCGGUUUUCCUUCCCAGAGCCAGCACAUACACAACAUGCCUCUUGCGCCUCCUGCUGUACAGGAAUAAACAGGCCGUGUGUCUGGAGUCUACUCUGGAGAUGAACCUGGAACUGCUGGCUGGAAAAUCGGACACAUUUUUUUUUUAAAUCAAAAAAAAAAAAAGAAGAAAAAAAAGCAAAUUGCUGAAAAUGUACAAAAACGUCGCGUCGAACGAGCGGCGGAGAUGAACUCAGACGUUAUUAAGACGUAACUUACAAAUGCAAUCAGUAAGAGUGGGACAUAACUUAUGCAUGAGAAUCUUUUUUUUCCGUUGGUUGAUUUUUUUGUUGGUUUAAUCUGUUGUGUUAUGUCUAAACAGAUUAUACAAAGAUUUGUACAAAAAAACACAUAAGCAAAAAAAAAAAAAAUACAAGUAAGAAGAAAAUUUCAUAUUACCUUUUUACAAGAUAUACCGAUGGAAGACAUGUAAACGUGCACAUCUUGUGCCCUCAGCUUUUUCGGCCAAAGCCAGGAGCUGGUUCGGGUCCCAUUGCCAACAUAAAUCAUCAGCAUCGACUUUUCCUUCUGGUUGCUCUCUGUGAGUGUGCUACAGUGUUAACAUUUAGCCUUUCGUGAGCCAGCGCUCGCAUAUAGACGUCUGGGUGCUGAUCUCUCGCCCGGCGCCACAGCACAGCCACACCAGUUUGGAGGCUUGAAGACGACAGGUUGAAAUGAAUAAGAGGUGAUAGUGGUUUUUAUCGAGAAAUCCUACACGUGGAGAAAAAGAAAAGGUGUUAACAAUACAACUGUGGGCGUUCCUUUGGUAAUUUACCCACUGAAAAAUCAUUUGUAUUUGUUAUAUGUAUUUAUUUUUUUAUUAAUUAUAUGAACAUAGUAUGGAGAAAUGUAUUAUUAACAUUAGAGCCCAUAUCUUUGAAGUAGGAUAAGUGGCGGGAACAGUGAUGUUCAGGUACAGUCAAAUUACCACCUUUAUUAUUUCAUUGGGUUUGUUUUUGUUUUCUUCAGUGACAGUUGAGUGACCAAGUUUCUUUGAAAACUUUGAGAGACUAUUUUACAAGUCCUAUGGUGAGAAUUCUGUUUUAAUAUGUGGCUGGUCUACUUACUUUAAAAGGGAGCUGAUUUUUACUUUAUCUAUCAUCAUAGCAACACACUUCUUCAACACGUCAUCCCCCCGCGCUGUCGUUGCAGUACAACAUCUAACCUGUAGGUGGCGGCAUUGCUCUUAGCCUGAGUCCACGGAGUUUGGGGUUUGUAUACUGCAUUUGGAUGGUUCAUCUCUGCGUGGUUUUUUUUUUGUGUGACUGAUAAUAUUCUGACAUUCAACAGAAUGACCAGCUGCACAUAGAAAACCUGUCGAGCUGAAGGGACUUACACACCAAAAGCACACCACAAUCCUCUUAUUGUCUCGCUCCCAAAUGUGACAACAAUCACCCCACAGUAAAAACUAAACUAGUAACCAGCAAUAACAACCACCUUUUCAUGAUCUAUAUUAUUACUCCACCGUGACAGCUGCAGCCACAGAAUGUCAGGCUCACCGCUGAGCAUGUUUAAUCCUCUGUGUUAAGACAGUGAAGCACAUUUUGAUAAGUCCAUGCACUAACUUGCAGCCAAUUAUAUUUGGUGUUGAGAAGUUGAAAGUACGGUUUCUUGUCGUCUUCCCCCCCCCCCCCCCCCCCCACCGCCUCUCAUCCCUCGGUGCUACAGUUGAGGUGUUAAAUGCAGUAUGUAAGCGCUGGUUUUGUGGUAGACAGACAAAGGUGAAUAAAGUUAGCUGAGCCAUCUGAAUGUCCACUGACCAUCAUAACUGCAGGAAGGCUUCGAACCCAACUGUACUCAUCUGAAACGUUGUUUCUCUGCAGCUAUUACAAUUCAUGCAAUAAAAACAGUACAAUUACA